AUGCGCCGAUGGCUUUUCCAUUCUCCAGAUGUCCCUGCGGCUCCAUCUGGACCUUUGGAGGCGACAGAUGUUAAAGCUGAUGAGAUCACUCUGAGCUGGAAACCACCAGAAGACAAUGGAGGCGAACCGAUCACCAACUACGUCCUUGAGAAACGACCUAAAGGUUUUGGCGAGUGGCAGAAAGUCAGUGCAUUCAUUAAGACACCCAAUGCUACUGUGCGUGGAUUGGAAGAGGGAACGGAGUACGAGUUCCGAGUGAUGGCAGAAAACGCUAUGGGACUAAGCGAACCUCUCACUACAGAGAAGGCCAUUAAAGCCAAGCAUCCUUUCGAUCCACCCACUGGAAUGCAAAAGCCAACUGUCGAGGGUACUACGGAGCAUUCU